AUGCAUGGAAACGAACAUGACGAAUUGUAUAGAUAUAAAUCCAUUGGUGAUGGGAAUGAAGAAGGAGAAGACGAGACUGAAAUAGAAAAUUUCAACUGGUUCGAUUUAUGGGAUGACCUAAUUCAAUUUGACUCUUCACUGCUUAACUUCUCUGAUCAUUCGAGCCCCCUCACCUCACACUCAGAGUCGUAUAGAUGGGAUAAGAGGUGUGCAGGAAAGAUCAAUCCAUGCAUACAAAAUCAUGUUGACUCACGAUCACAAUCACGUACAGGAUCUUCCUAUUCUCUUCAAACGUCUGUUGGAUCCCGCAGCUUGUCUCCUACUCCAACAUGCCAUUCACUUCUAGUUUCAUCAACCAUCGAAAUCACUCUUCAGUCGUCACCAGCAAAACACGAACAAGUAGGCAGUCCAUUGUCAGCUCUCGGUCUCUGCACACCAGGCAAGAGUGUCUUCAAGACAGAUCUGAAAGAAGAAGUCAUUUCUCCUCCAACUCUAAACCGAUUGCCCACAUAUGGUUUACUCAGUCCCCUCAAUCGACUAAGCCUCUGCUCACCUGGAAAGCAACAUCCUACUCUCAUAUCAGAACCCCAGCACCCUCUUAGAUCCAUCACUCCGCCACCAGGCACAACCUCAUUGAGUAGCCCACUUCAUAGAUUAGGUCUGUGCUCACCGAGCAAGGAUAACCUUCGGUCUAUUGAUAACUCUAUAACACCAAAGCUGAAACCUCAGAUCGUGGGUAUUCAAUCUAUAUCGCCAACGAGAUUCCCUAAAAGGCCUGAAUUACCUCUUCCCUCUCCAGGCUGGGUCCUUGAUACACCUACUCCAAUAAGAUUCUAUCCUCCUUCCACACGCCCAGUCCAACCUCUUUAUGAUCUUACCAUUCCUCGUCAGCCACAAUUUAACCUUACACCCAGAUAUCAUAUCCCAACAACAGACAUCAAGCCAGAUCUGCUUAUCACUCCUCCACUAAGGUUCAACCGAGAGCUCCGCGAGGAGCACUACGACCUAUCUCCGCUGCAGGUCAGCACCAUAGCUCAUUGUUCUUCGGAAGGGGGACUCGCUCGAUCUUUGAGAAAAUUGGAAUUACGAUUGAAGAGAGAUCCUAGCGUAAGUGGCUUGAACAUGUUCAUCAAUCCGCCUAAGAGGCGAGUAAGGGAAAGAGAUUCGUUGGACAUCAUCGAAGCCGGCAUGAUUAUGCGUAGACUCGGAGACGAUUUUAGGAGAAACUCCAUGGCUCAUGCUGUACAUACUACCAACCUGCUAUCUUCCGACCCGAAAAUCCGUAGAAAUUCUAUAGAAAGUAUCGUAUCAGAACUGCAAUUAGCCAGAUCUUUAGGUAUCCCAACCUUAGUAAUUCAUCUUGGAUCGGAGGGAAGAAAUGUCCACGAAGAUUGUAGGCUGAAUAGAGACCGCAUUGAUGGUUUAAUAUCAGAUUUGGAAGAUAUUUUGGGGCGAACAGAAGAUGUUAACCUUGCCAUCGAAAAUACCGUUCAACCGUCUCCCGGCUCUAUGACCACACUCCAAUCCCUGUCUCUCUUACUUACAAUUUUCCCUCAUCCUCGACUUAAGAUCUGUUUAGAUCUGGCACAUCUGCACGUUUCCGAACUCAACUUGAACAAUGCGGAAUCGCAGAAAGAUCUAUUCCUCAUGCUUGAAAAGAUGGGUAAAGAGAGGAUAGCAGGAUUACAUGUUGGAGGGAGCUGGACUGAACAUGGCGGAAAACGUGAUAGACAUGCUAAUAUAGGGUCGGGCACAAUACGACUGUCUUCGAUCCGAUCGAUACUCCGUCAUCCAAUCUGUCAUCAGCUUCCUACGUUAUUGGAAACACCGGGAUAUCAUCGAUAUCUACGACAUUCAUCUUCUUCAUACUCGAUGUAUAUAUCUACUCUUGAAUUUGAUCGAUCAGCAUUAGAACGUCAAUUAGUUCAAGAUAUAGUCAAUAUAUCAGAUACCGAUUGGGAUACCAUUGAAACCAAAUUAUUCAAUCUGUAUAAGAAGAAAAGAAGAAAAAUCGAAAAUCGAUUAUACAAAUUCAUCAAAUUGAAAGGAACAAACGAUUGGGAAAGGUUUAGAAAGGGCAGAAGGAAGGAAAUGACCUGCUGUAGGAUGAUACAAGGUAAAAAGAGAAGAAUCGCAUUACAGCAUGCGAAAAGGGAUCGAACAGCAGAAUGCAGCAACAGUGAUGAGAUCCUCGAAAACAAGGUUGACACGACAGAUAUCUGA